AUGUCCGGCCCUCAAGAGCAUGGCAUCAGAUCAGAGCUCAUCGCCACAAAAAUCUUGCUCGAGGGUUCUCUCCCCGCUCUAAGCUCCACAGGCGCCAACGAUCGUGGUGAAAACUACGGACCCUUUCUGCAAAGACGGGUCGAUCAGCCCGUCAUUGAGUCACGCUUCACUCUCCGUAGCUUUCGAGAUGAGGGGAUAGGCGGAGGUGAGACUGCUGUGCCCGUACCGGUCGAAGUUGAAAGAGCCGCGGGCGAGUAUGUGAGCUCGGUUGAGGCUAGCAUUGAGCACUUGCAGUCUACAAUCAUCGACGCCUCGAUGUUACGAUGGGGCGAUACAGCUGAAACGUACCAAGAGUAUAACCGACAAGCUCAUAUCAACCAGCAAACCCUUCUUUCUAACGUCAUGCACGGCGUGUAUACGGAGAGCGUCAGGCCUUUUGCUUAUCGCGUUCACUCUACUGUGAACAGCUUCUUGGAUGAUGGGGGUAAUCUGAAUGGUCCUGACGAUCGACCGAUGGAUCAAAUGGAAUACGAGGAUAAGCUGGAGCGUGCAGUAGCGAGUGCGAAGGGUGUAGACGAGUUGUGCUCUGAAUCAGCAGACACCAUCAAGCUAGCUUUCACCACCGGUAUCAAUCAACCCACGAGGCUAGCGCGAUCCCCUCCUUCUUCUGCAGGCAGGCAUGGCGGAGGGGUGAAUGGAUGGAAUGUCUCCAUUCCCCAAGCCAAAGUCUCGUGCCGUGUCAUGGACGAUUGUCCCGAAUGGAUUCACAAGAACAAGAGCGCACAAAUAUCGUACAACAGAGCGUUCUUUUCGGCCCUCGAUGCUGCGGUCCCCCAUGAGCAAACUUUCCGGCUUGGGAGAAUGACAACAGCAGAAGACUUCAUGGUAGACACCGAUCUCUACGAGCACGGUCUGUUCAAACAGGCAGCGUACAAGACUGUGGACGAAGUGUCUUUUUUGAAUGACGGGGGGAAUUCAGAAGAGGACAGUGAAAUCAUGGAUGGACAUCUGGUAAAGGCUGCAUGGGUUGAUGCUUCCAUGUUCGAUGUUUUAUCUGGACGUCCACUAAGAGAUCGACAAUGGUAUUCUAGAAAUCGCUCGGAGUAUAAGAAAUCCAUAGAGGAGGGUCUGGAUGUUAUGCGAAGGGAAGUCGAAGGGACUGGAGCGAGUGAUACGGCUUAG